AUGAUUGAAAUCGCUGUGGCUGGAACUCAUCGAGAGAUCGGUCUGGCAGUAGGUCAACAGGCAGCAAAGCAAGUUGCCGGGUCUGUCGAAUUCUAUCGUUAUUUUUUCAAAGCUUUCAGUAGCUUGGAUUGGUCUACAGUACAGGAGAAGACCCUAGAAUUCGUGCCACACCUCAAAGCCAACUAUCCCUUAUACUUUGAAGAGAUGGAGGGGGUUGCGGAAGGUGCUGCGGUUGAUGUUCUUGAUGUCGUGGCGUUGAACAUACGGAGCGAGAUCGCCUUUGGCCUUUUCGAAGCGGAAUCGAAACAAGGCACGCCAGGCGCAGCGACAGAAAUGGCAGUAGAUGGAUGCACUGCAUUAGGCUGGAAGACUCCUGGAGGAUCAACAUUCCUUUCACAGAAUUGGGACUGGAAGAACGAACAGAAGUCGAAUCUGAUCAUUGUUCGCGCUAAGCCACAGAAUGCGGACGGCACCAAUCUGCCAGCUUUCCAGAUGAUCACCGAAGCAGGUAUCAUCGGGAAGAUUGGAUUCAACGAACACGGUGUAGGAUGUCUGCUCAACGGCAUCCGCGCCAAGGGCGUCAACUCGGAAGGGAUGCCAACCCACUUCGCUCUCAGGACUAUUCUGGAGUCCAGGUCAAAGAGAGAGGCCUUGGAAAAGAUCGAGAGCGUUGGGUUAGCCGGAAGCAGUCAUAUUCUCCUUGGCGACAACUCUGGCCCCACAGGCCUCGAGUGUACUAGCAUUGGAUUCAAGGAGCUUCCGGCUGACGAGAAUGGCCGUGUUAUCCAUGCUAAUAACCUGAUUUUGGGACAUGAGGGCGUCUUUGAGCCUCUCUGGCUUGAAGAUUCCCCGAAACGUACCGCCCGUAUGAAGGAGCUUGCAACCCCGGAUGUCGGCGAGAGCGCCGGCUUCGUGACCUUGCUAGAAUUAUUCAAGGAUGAACAAAACUUCCCGGCAUCUAUCAAUCGGAAGCAGAUUGGGAAGAAUGACUCUGGUACCCUUUUCAAUGUGGUAUUUAAUUUGACUGGAAGAAGGGGUGUCAUUUCCGUAGGUCGAACAACGGAGAUUGAGGAGCAGAUCGAACUUGGAUUUUGA